GGCUGACAUACAAAGGAUAGACAAAAUCAAGUGUUACUGAGGAUAUUGGGCAAACUGGAACUCAAAUACUGCAGUGAACAUGUAAGUUGGUACAACCACUCUGAGAAACUGGCAGUAUCUGUUGAAGCUAAGAAUAAACGUACUGUAAGACAAUUCUGCCUGUAGGUGUGCCCCUACGGAACUGGGUUGUGGUAUAUUCACCAAAAGAUGUGCAAAAGUGGAAGCAGCAUCUCCCAAAUAGCCCCACCUUGGAAACAACCCAUGAAGAGUGGAAGGGAUAAUUGUGGUUGGUGAGGUACCAAGUAGGCGGAGGUCGAAAUGGUUCACCCAAGCAGGGAGGGACAUUUUAGCCUGUUUACAAUUGGCAGCACAUGAUGACAAUAAAAAGCAAACCAACUUUAGGUUGGUCCCAUUGUAUUUAAAUUUCCUAUUGACAAUACACCAGCUUUUUAACUGCAUCUCGGGCAGAUUGUUCUCCUGCCUGGCCCCCACACCACUGUUGUGGAAUAUUUAUAAAAUGGAAAGGUGGAAUGUUAAAUAAAAGUGAAAACAAGCAAAAAUUUUAAAUAUGCAUCACUAAUCAAUCUCACAAUGUUGAUGAAAAAAGCUGGACAUAGAAGUACACACUGUAAUUCCACUGAUAGGCAAUUUGCUGAGUGAAAGAGAGCGCAUGCAGAAGUCUGUGUGCUGCCGCACUAUUUCUAGUUAAAAAAGAAAAAGCCAAACUGAACAACGAAAAAUGCGAUUCUACCAGAAACUUGGAUGUGAAAAAUAACAGGAUCUGAAAGAUGAUAGGAUACCUAAAUGUAUGCUGCAGUCUAGAUGAACUUUUUUUUUUUAAUGCACUUGUGCCCAGGAGGAUAAGUAUAUGGGUAUUUUUUGCAGCAUUGGAGUAAAAAGUUGGAGGCAGUCAAAAUGCCCAAGAUGAAUGAAUAAGGAAAAUUGAUACACUGGUAUAAUGGGAUACUAUACAACAGUUACAGUAAUGGAAUAUGACUAAGAAGAAGAAAACCUGGAUCACUCCCAGUAAUUUGAAGUUGAGUGAAAAAACCUGCAGAAUAUUAUGUGUACAGUAUUAAGCAGUGUAUGGAAUCAGCCCAAACAGAAAGGACAGAGUUAGCAGUGUCAAGCACCUACUGUCUGCCAGGUGCCCACCUUAAUUCUCAAAGCUAGUUAACUAAUAGGUUUUUUCAGAGUGGGAAACGAGUCUCAGUGAGAGGCAGCCCCUGCCUGUGGUCCCACAGCCCAGAGGGAGCCCCAGUCUGGGACCGACAGGCCAGCCCCUUGAAGCCCCUCUGUGCUGGCCAACCAGGGACCCAGCCACCCAGGCGGCGGUCUGGGCCUGGGCCACCAUCCUGAGCCAGCACCAGGCAGGAGGCCCUGUAACUCCAGCCGCUUCUCCCACCCCUGCGGCCCCUCCUUCACCUCAGCCUCAGGCUGGGCUACCCACAAUGCCUCCCAUUCAGCCCAGUCCCCGCUGACAGGCCUGCAGGCCAGGAGGGAGGCUCCCGUCAGCAUCCUGGCAGGACGCUGUGGACCUUUCCCUUGAGCUGCUCCUCCAGGCUGGACUGGCUGCGAGAGGCAGCAUGGAGGGGCCCCGUUGCACCCUGGCCCUGCUGCUCUCCCUGCUGCUGCCCCUGGGCCCAGCUUGGCAUGCAGCUGCGCAGCGCUGCCCACAGACCUGUGUCUGUGACAAUUCCAGGCGGUAUGUCUCCUGUCGGCACCAGAACAUCACUGAGGUGCCCAAGGCCAUCCCUGAGCUGACCCAGCGGCUGGACCUCCAGGGCAACAUGCUGAAGGUGAUCCCUCCAGCUGCCUUCCAGGACCUGCCGUAUCUGACACAGCUGGACCUGCGGCACUGCCAGGUGGAGACGGUGGCUGAGGGUGCUUUCCGUGGCCUGGGCCGUCUGCUGCACCUCAACCUAGCCUCCAAUCGCCUGAGUGUGCUGCCCCAAGAAGCACUGGAUGGGCUGCGCUCCCUCCGGCAGCUGGAGCUGGAAGGGAACAUGCUGGAAGAGCUGCGGCCAGGGAUGUUUGGCGCCCUGGGUGCACUGGCCACACUGAACCUGGCCCGCAACGCCCUCGUCUACCUGCCAGCCAUGGCCUUCCAGGGGCUGGUACGCGCCCGCUGGCUGCAGCUGUCCCACAACAUGCUCAGUGUGCUGGCCCCCGAGGCCCUGGCUGGCCUGCCUGCCCUGCGCCGGCUCAGCCUGCACCACAAUGAGCUGCAGGCCCUGCCGGGGCCAGCCUUGUCGCAGGCCCGUGGCCUGGCCCGUCUGGAGCUGGGCCACAACCCCUUCACCUACGUGGGCGAGGAGGAUGAGCUGGUGCUGCCUGGCCUGCGGGAGCUGAUGCUGGAUCAUGGGGCCCUACAGGUCCUGGACCCCAGAGCCUUCGCCCACUGCCCCCGGCUGCACACCCUGGACCUCCGCGGGAACCAGCUGGACGCUCUGCCGUCGCUGCAGGGCCCAGGACAGCUGCGCCGGCUGCGCCUGCAGGGGAACCCACUGUGGUGUGGCUGCCAGGCCCAGCCGCUGCUUAAGUGGCUAACGCAGGCACGGGUGCACUCGGACGGCACGUGCAGGGGGCCCCGGCACCUGCGAGGCGAGGCCCUGGAUGCCCUGCGGCCCUCAGACCUGCACUGCCCUGCAGAUGCGGCAGAGGAACAGGAAGAGCGGCUGGCUGCCGUGCGGCUCCGCACCCCUUCCGGGGCCCCCGAGGAGAAGGAUGGGGCGGCUCGGCCCUGCCCGCGCGCCUGCUGGUGCGCCUCCGCAUCCCGGCACAGCAACUGCGAGAGCCGAGGCCUGCAGGCCGUGCCCCGCAGCUUCCCCAGCGACACCCAGCUCCUGGACCUGCGGCGGAACCACUUCCCCUCGGUGCCUCGAGCGGCCUUCACGGGCCUGGGUCAUCUGGUGUCACUGCAUCUGCAGCACUGUGGCAUCGCAGAGCUGGAGGCUGGCGCCCUGGUGGGGCUGGGCAGCCUCAUCUACCUCUACCUCUCUGACAACCAGCUCUCAGGCCUCACCGCUGCCGCCGUUGAGGGGGCCCCCCGCCUUGGCUACCUGUACCUGGAGCGCAACCGCUUCCUGCAGGUGCCAGGGGCUGCCCUGCGUGCCCUGCCAGGCCUCUUCUCCCUGCACCUGCAAGACAAUGCUGUUGCCCACCUGGCACCUGGGGACCUGACAGGGGUGCAGGCCUUGCGCUGGCUCUACCUGAGUGGGAACCGCAUCACCCAGGUUUCCCGGGGGGCAGUGGGCCCAGCUCUGGAGCUGGAGAAGCUGCACCUGGACAGGAACCAGCUGCGAGAGGUGCCCACUGGGGCCUUGGAGGGGCUGCCUGCCCUCCUGGAGCUGCAGCUCUCUGGAAACCCGCUUAGGGCCCUGCGAGAUGCAGCCUUCCAGCCUGUGGGCCAGACGCUGCAGCACCUCUUCCUGAACGGCAGUGGUCUAGAGCAGGUUUCCCCUGGGGCCUUCUGGGGCCUGGGGCUCCGACUCCAGAGCCUGCACCUGCAAAAGAACCAGCUGCAGACCCUGCCCGCCCUGCCGGACCUCAGCCAGCUGGAGCUCGUUGACCUCAGCGGCAAUCCCUUCCGCUGUGACUGCCGGCUGCUCCCGUUGCACAGGUGGCUCACCAGGCUGAACCUGCGUGUGGGGGCCACCUGUGCCACACCCCCCAGUGCCCGCGGCCAGAGGGUGAAGGCUGCAGCUGCUGUCUUUGAAACCUGUCCGGGCUGGACUGCCAGAAAGGCCAAGCGGAUGCAAGUUCCCAGGCUGGGUGCCUGGAGAACCGCAAUGAAGGGAAGACGUCGCGGAGCAGGCAAGGUUGGCCACGGAAUGUGGGGAGGCUUCUGGGCCAGCAGAGUUCUGACUUCUCUUGGUUCUCAUUCAUUCCAUUCCAAAUCUGGGCAGUAACCCUGUUGCUUUUGCUCAAUAAUGUCCAUCCCCCUCUUCCCACCUCCUCCCUGGGCCCAGGGGGGUUUGUAAGGAUGCUACUUCAUCCUGUGGGACGGCCUCUCGAUAAGCCACAGCGUACCUGGACCCAAUGUGUCCAUAAA